UCUGGUCGCCCAGCAACCGCCGCUGGUGUGCGUAGGACCGGGCGCCGGCGGAACCGAUCAAACAGGAGUUACCGACCGGACAGUCCCGCGAGCGGUGAGCGGCCCGCGGGGAAUAAGCGUGGGGACCGAGGAAACCCUAGAACCAUGUUUCUCAAACUUGCCUGCCAAAAGUUGGAAAUAAUACCUAAACUUACUUCUUGACAUGGUAUCAAAACAGAGCUUUUGCUGAGAGUUUGAUUUAUAAAGAAAUAUGGUUCGACUGACCUUGGAUCUAAUUGCCAAAAACAGCAACCUUAAACCCCGAAAAGAAGAAACCAUUUCACAGUGCCUGAAGAAAAUAACUCAUAUAAAUUUUUCAGACAAAAAUAUAGAUGCAAUUGAAGACCUCUCUCUUUGCAAAAAUCUUAGUGUUUUAUAUUUAUAUGAUAACUGUAUUAGUCAAAUCACUAACCUGAAUUAUGCCACAAAUCUGACCCACUUAUACCUACAAAACAAUUGUAUUUCAUGUAUAGAGAAUCUCAGGUCAUUAAAGAAACUGGAAAAACUGUAUCUGGGAGGCAAUUACAUUGCUGUCAUAGAAGGUUUAGAAGGAUUAGGAGAACUAAGAGAGCUUCAUGUUGAGAGUCAGAGGCUUCCCCUUGGGGAAAAGCUUCUGUUUGAUCCAAGAACUCUUCAUUCCCUGGCAAAAUCCCUCUCUAUAUUGAAUAUCAGCAAUAAUAAUAUUGAUGACAUUAAAGACUUAGAAAUACUGGAGAAUCUUAAUCAGCUCAUAGCUGUUGACAACCAACUUCUGCAUGUGAAGGAUUUGGAGUUUUUACUGAACAAGUUGAUGAAGCUGUGGAAAAUUGAUCUAAAUGGAAAUCCUGUUUGUCUCAAACCAAAAUACAGGGACAGGCUGAUAUUGGUGUCAAAAUCACUGGAAUUUCUUGAUGGAAAAGAAAUUAAAAAUAUAGAAAGACAAUUCCUAAUGAAUUGGAAAGCAUCCAAAGAUGCCAAGAAAAUCAGCAAAAAAAGGAACUGUAAAAAUGAGGAUGCAAGCAACUCGUUCAUAAGUAACUUUGAAGCCAUACAUCACAUAGUUCCUGUUUAUUACCCACAGGUGGGUAAGCCAAAAUUAGUCUUUUUCUCUGAAAUACAGAGAUACCCUGUAAAUGGAAAUGCAUCUCCAGAAAGUUCCCGAGAAGAUUACACUAAAAUUAUUAAAGAGAUGGGGGAUCUCUCUUUGAAGCAGUCUGAAAGCUUGCUGACAAAAAAUGAUGUGCAUGAACAUCACCUUCUCCAUAGCCCCAAAGAAAAAGAAAAUUUGUUUGUGGAAAAUGAGUAAAUUCAGCCUCACGUGACAGGAAACGUUUGAUUUUGUUUUUAACCUUAUAGGACUAGGCAACAAUAUUUUUUGUGGGUUUGUAGCUUUAUGGUAUCUCAUUAUAUAAGAAAAACUUUUAAGUUCUUGUUUGAUUUGCUGCUUUAUACAAUCGGAAACUUUGCUUUCCACCUGUGAAUUCAGGGACCUAGUUGAUUUAUUCCUCAUUAUAUACAAUUUACUGGGAAAAUACGUGUUUUUUCAUUCAGCAAUAGAAGCCCCUUCAAUGGCGCGAUCACAGUUCACUGCAGCCUCAACCUCCCAGACUCUUGAGAUCCUCCCGUCUCAGCCUUCGGGGUAGCUGGGACUACAGAUGUGAGCCACCGAAACGGGCCUCUUUUUGAAUCAAUAGAAUUUUGGUGUGCUUCUUUCUAAAGCGUAAAUCUAAUUACAGUUAUUGGAUGGGAAUUGAGAUGAAAGCCUCAGUACCAUUCUGAUUGACUAAUGUACUAAAUCUGUGGGCCACUACUUCCAAAUAGUGACACCAUUGCUACUGACGGCUUGGUAGUUCCAACUUAGAAAUCUACUGGAAAGUAUGAAAUGAUGGUGCAUAUACAAGAGCGCAGUUUCUUUGGUGACAUUUUAAAUUUGAUAUUCCGUUUGACCCCAAAGAAGGUAAGAAA